AUGCAGUGGAGUGGUAUUCAUAAAAAUAAUUAUGCAGCUGAGGAAAGCGAUUACAUAUAUUCCUACUCCAACACUGGUCAUACCGCACGGACGGCAACAGAGGGUAUUUGGCAGGGGGGGUGUUUGAUCGAAAUGGAUGUGCUCAGCUAUGCAGUGUGGUUAGCUCUUACUGGGGAGAAAGGUCCCGGGUUCGAUUCCUGGUCGGAGCAUUGA